GCCGCGUCCCUUGUCCCGGCCCCGGCGGCCUCCGCUGCGGACGCUCCCGCCUCGGCGUCGGCGUCCGCGUCCACCUACGCCGCCGCGCGGUGCGCGGCGACGAUCGUGUCCAUCUCGCCGUGCCUGCCGCACGUGGCGGCCGUGGCGCCGCCGCUGGCCUCGUCCCCGCCCGCGCCCACCGACGCCUGCUGCGUCGCCUUCCUCCGCGCCGUGUACCCGUCGGGAGGAGGCGGAGGGGACGGCUGCCUCUGCCACCUGCUCCGCAACCCGUUCUUCCUCGGCUUCCCCGUCGACGCCGCUCGCCUCGGCGCGCUCCUCCCCGCCUGCGCCGCGGGCAACUCCUUCGCCGCCGCCACCGUCGAGGCCGCCACCCUCUUCGCCGACGCCUGCCGAGAGCUCAAGGCGCUGCCAGAAUUGCAUGUCACGCCCCAGUCAACAGAAUGGCUAGAAAUUUCUCCAGCUGCUGCUACCCCUCAGUCAGUGUCCAAGCCGAUAGAGACUGCUCCACCAGCCAGGUCAUUGGUUCGGUCAGGCGCUGAGGACUCUCGUCGUUCCCACUGCAUUCCAAUUGCUGCAUUGAUCCUCACAGCAGCAGCAGCAGGAGCUGUGGUCACGUAGUACUUGUGAUAUUCGCACAACACGUGAUACGCUUACGAUUGUCGACCUUGAUCUUGAACUGUGUUUUUUUCCGCACGCUUUCUUUGUCGAUUCAGAUUAGUUUGUACAUCACAUGGAGAGUGUAGGGCGGCUUUCAUUGAAAGACCUUUCCCCACCGGGCAGGUUCUUUGUUACAAUGUUUUUACACAGUGCUACACCCAUCAUCUACGCAUGCACCACUA